CGCUUUCCAUCCUACUACUCCCAUUCCCAUUCCCAUUCCCAUUCCCAUCCAUCAAAACACAGAUCAAAAUUAAGAGCAAAUUCUCAGGAACCAAACAAAGGAAAAAGAAAAAAUGUCUCUGGUCACAGAAGAGAUCCGAGCCAAAGCAGAGAUGUAUCGUGGAAAUGACAUCUGCCAAGAGAAGGCAAAGUUUCUGCUCAAUGAAAUUUGCCUCCCCGCUGGCCUCCUGCCCCUGCAAGACAUAGAAGAGAGUGGUUACGUGGAAGAGACCGGCUUUGUUUGGAUCAAACAGAAGAAGAAAGUGGAGCACAAGUUCGAGAAAAUAGGCAAGCUUGUGAGCUACGCCCCUGAAAUCACUGCCUAUGUUGAGAAACACAAGUUCAAGAAGGUCACUGGUGUCAAGACCAAGGAGCUACUGAUGUGGAUCACACUCAGUGACAUCUAUGUUGACGACCCGGCCACCGGGAAGAUCACCUUCCAGACUCCGGCGGGGCUGUUCCGGACCUUUCCGCUGUCGGCUUUCGAGAUCGAGGAAGGGAAGGAAGGAAAGGAGGGGAAGGGAGGGAAGGGAGGGAAGGGGGGGAAGGAAAUCAAGGGAGUGAAUGGUGGAGUGGUGAGUGAAGUGAAGGAGGUGUAAAUGUAACACCAACUAUGAUCAAAGAGAUCGAUUAGCCUGAGUACUCAAAAAUAGUGGUUAAGUGUCCAUGUUUAUGUAUUUUGAUGCUGAUGUUUUCUACUGUUGGAGUUUAUGAUAAUAAAAGUUAAUAUUUAUAUAUUAGAAA